AUGUUUCCUGAUAAGAGUCGAGAUUUUCUGAAAGCCUGCCUUCAAGUGGAGGGAUCAUUUGAUCAGGCUGUUAUGUCACUCUUACCUACAACUGACAACACAGUAACUGAUGAUGAUGAUGCGAAUGACUUGAUGAAUUCACCGUUUGAACCACUAGGAACCUGUUGUGACACUCAGGAUCUGAAUGCUGAAUUGAGAGACCUACAGAAAAAUUUUUCUUCAGAUCAAAGAGAAAAGUUGAAGAUAGACGAAGAAGAUCUUCUAAAUGACGCGAUGGCGUACUAUAAAGAUCAAGAUUUUGACCCAAGAAAGAAGCUACGAAUAGUGUAUAGUGGACAGCCAGCGGCAGACACAGGGGGGGUCAUCCGUCAAUUUUACACACAACUACUGAAGGUGAUUGCAGACACCUUUUUUCAGGGUGAUACAUACCGAAGUCCAGUUUAUAACUGUGAUAUGGUUGCAUCAGGCGUAAUGAAGCUGGUGGGAACCAUCAUCGUACACAGUGUGCUACAGGGAGGACCCGGGUUUCCCAUAUUCAGCCUGGGAGUCUACAAUUACCUGGCCAAAGGUAAAUUAAAUGAAGUCAUGGAAGCAAUCACCAUAAAAGACUGCUCAUCUCACAUGGAACAUUUCAUAACCAAGGUAAUGGAAAACAAAACCUACAUUUAACUUUGUUAAAAUAUUUGAACAAAGUAUGUGGAGACUAUGCUAAUGAACUCUUACUCUGAGCAAACACCUCUAAUGCUAAGCAGGAGACAGUGCUUGAGUUGGCCUGGCAAGCUGUUAAGUAUAUGGGAAGAGUUUUUCAUUGUGUGGGAAAGUGCCCUAUUCUAGUGCAGUUAUAUAAUAAUGACAUGGAAGGGAAAAAUAUUUUGCUUAUCAAAAUAGGAACUAUGGAGUUCUGUUUCUGCCCUCCCCUGUCAGGUGCAUAGUUAGGCUAGUUGAGUAAUGUUAAGAAGAUAUGCACCUGCAUUUAUUUUCUUCCAGUUUUACAAGAUGUGACAAAACGUCUGAAAGCUGUUCAGUCUAGGGCCCUCACAUUUUAUAUGUUCCCUUAAACUAAUACUGAAUAAAGGUAGUAUCACAAGGAUAUGCGAAACUUUUUGGCAAAAACAUACAUUUUUUUUUGUUAAUUUUUUGUUUCUGUUUUUUUUUUAAGGUUGCAGAAGUUGCUGAUGUAUCUGAACUUGACAAAGAGGAGACGACCAGUGUUCUUUCAGAGAGUGGACUUUCCAUGACAUUAACUGUAAGUUUGUAAAUGUUGUGAUGGCAUUAUUGGGUCAGUCAAGGUUUCUGGGAUUCUGGCCACCUUCCCCUCCCCUAACCUAACAUUUUGCCUAAAGUGAGAAGUUAGUGUUAAUGUUGGGUUAGGGGAGGGGUAGGUGGGCAGUUUCCCAGAAACCUUAACUGAUCCGCAUUAUUUUUAACAGCAUAUUAUUAACAAUAGUGAAAACUCGAUAUUGAUAGAAAAGUAUUUUAAAACUUACACACUCAAUGUCGGAUCAGGAGAGAAGCCAUUCAAAAGCACUUUCAAGCUUGCUCAACAGUGAAGUGAAAUUCACAAAUAAUAAAAAAAACCACCAAACAGUUUAAAAGAAGAGAAGCAAAAUAAAUAUUUUUUUUAGAUCAGGCCCCAGUUGCUCAAAAGGUGAUUAAUCCUAUCCACUGGUUAAAUCACCAUCCAGUGAAGAAAUAAACAGUGAGAAACAGAUUAAAAAUAAGUAUUCUAUACAACAAAAUAAAUUUUAAAAUAUCUAAAAUACAGGCCCCGGUUGUUCAAACGUCAGAUAGUGCUAUCCACCAGAUAAAUCACUAUCCAGCGGAUAGCGUAAUUGAUUUCCGUAACACUUAUCCGCUGGAUAGCGAUUUAUCCGGUGGAUACCACUAUCCAACGUUUGAACAACUGGGGCCAGAUUCUUACAAAUUACAUAAAUUGGAUAAAACGACAACUAAUACCUAAACUCUGAAUCAUUGUUAUAAAUAAAAGAGCAGUCUUUUUUGAAAUUGAUGCCCCUUAUGACACCUUUAAUUGUGGACCAUCAUUUGACCAGCUUGUGACAGGUGCAUAUGUUUUCACGAAGAGAACGGAUUUACCUGCAUGUACAUGCAAAUGUUGCAAUCUCCUUCUCAAGGAUAUUGUUACCUACAACUACAACUAACAGGUCAUUGACCAGUUUCUUACUGUAUUAUUGUUGUUCUGUGAAUGUCUUUCAGAAUGAUAACAAAAUGCGAGUCAUCCAAAGCCUUAUUGUACAUGAUGCCAUUGGAAAGCCCAAAAUACUUUUAGAUCAACUAAGGGAAGGGCUUCAGACUCUGGGAUUCGGGUCCAGAAUGCAAGUAUAUCCUGAGCUUUUCAAAGAGCUAUUUGUGGCAGGAGAAAAGGAAAUGAAGGGUUCUGACGUCAAGGAAAUAUUGAUGUUUCCAUCAGAGAUGAGUGAUGCUGAAAAAACCAUCAUGGAGCACAUGACUGAGUUCAUAGUUGGUGCAACACCAGAUAUUCUAAAGGCAUUCCUCACCUUUGCUACUGGGGCACCCUGCUUACCAGAGUUUGGUUUAGGAAGGAUCAGGAUCGAAUUUGAGGAUGCUGGUUCCAUUUUUUCCUCUACUUGCACAAAGAAUGUAACCUUGCCAAGAAGUUUCCCUGACAAGGACACCUUCCUGGCUGCACUUCAAGCAGUUUGUGAUAAUAGUGGGAAGGCAUUCACUAGUAUUUAA